UGGCGCGACACUCAUUUCUGUGUGGCAAAUCGUGUGCAGUCGUGUGUUCAUGGAUUUCAGCGAAUUCCAUAGUGUUUAGUGUGGUCUCAUAUGAACUGGCCAGUCGUUUUUUGGGGAAAUGUUGGACAUAAACUGCCUCACAUCCUAACUGCAUCCUUCGGAAUGCUGUAACGUUAGAAAUUUAGUAAUUCUGUUUUCUGAACAUCGCCAGUAAUGAAAUACUUGUCUUAGACCUUUCUCAACGGAACACACAAAUACAUUUUGGAUCAAUUCAAGAUAUUGGUCGCGGACUUCCACAAUCGACAGAACACGUUGGAUGUUUCUUAAGAAUGAGUUGCUGUGACUAAUUUGGCGGUGUAACCUAUUUUUGAUGUAAGAAGUAAGGGAAAGCCAUGGAAGUCAAAGAACGCAGACCCUACCGCUCUCUGACAGCCAGGAGGGACACGGAGCAUCGCUAUACCAGUUCCUCUGCAGACAGCGAGGAUGGGAAAGUCAACCCCAAGUCUUACAGCUCAAGUGAGACCCUCAAAGCCUUUGACCAGGACACCAGGAUGGCCUACAGCACCAGGGUCAAAGAUAUGGUGCACCAUGAAGCAGAUGAGUUCUGCAGGCAAGGAACUGACUUCUCCCUCAGAGACUUUGGUUUUGGCGAGGCCAUCCCAUCCCAUGUAGCGGCGUACCGGGCUGACCAGGGUCUGCCACACCGUGACUACUUGGUCAGUGUGGGAUCAGACGCUGAUACAGAGACAGACGGCAUCAUGUCUCCGGAACAUGCUGUCAGGCUCUGGGGCCGCAACACCAAGUCAGGCCGCAGCUCCUGUCUGUCCAGCAGGGCCAACUCCAACCUGACCCUCACUGACACCGAACAUGAGAACACAGAGAACGGUCCUCCGCUGCAUUGUUCAUCCGCCUCCUCCUCCACCCCUGUUGAGAAACUCCCAUUCCCUCCCCCUACCCUUGCAGCCAAUGAGAGCCAGGGAGAGUUGCUAGGUAACUGUGCGCCUCAGCAAGCCCGGGACUCUGACUCUGAGGAUGAGUUUGGCCCUGGUUCAUUCUUAGUUAAAACUGGCUCAGGGAACCUGUAUCCUCCUGCUACUGGAACUGCCCAUGACGGUGCAUUUCAAAACCACUCCAGGCUGCGGACACCCCCUCUCCCGCUCUCCCACUCUCACUCGCCCAAUCACCAGCACCAUGCGGCCUCCAUCAACUCUUUGAACAGGGGCAACUACACACCCCGCAGCAACCCCAGCCCUGCCCCCACGGACAGUUCUGCCCCACCAGAGGGACCAGUCGGUGGGCAAGAGUCUGGCAGCGCCCAGGAUAACUGGCUGCUCAACAGUAACAUCCCCCUGGAGACCAGGAACCAGAAUACUCUAAUGUUUAUCAGAGAAGAGCAAGACGUUUGCAGAGAAGGGCAGGGGUCAUACAAUACCAGAAACAUAGCAAAGCAGACAUUCCUAGAGACUUUACAGGACAACCUUAUUGAGAUGGACAUUCUUGCAUCAGCACGGUGUGAUGCUGCAUACAAUGACGGGCACUUCUUGUUUAAGCCGGGUGGGACAUCACCAAUGUACUGCACAACGUCACCAGGUUACCCUCUGACCUCCAGCACCGUGUACUCCCCUCCCCCUCGCCCUCUGCCCCGCAACACCUUCUCCCGACCGGCCUUCAGCAUGAAGAAGCCCUACAAGCACUGCAACUGGAAGUGUGCAGCCCUCAGUGCUAUCCUCAUCUCAGUAACGUUGGUGUUCCUGCUGGCUUACUUCAUUGCCAUGCACAUGUUUGGUCUGAACUGGAGCCUACAACCUAUGCAGAGACAGAUGUACCAGCUAUUGGAGGACAACACCAGUGGCUUGCCUUUACCCACUGACCUGAGCCUGCCCCCGCUGGGCAACACAGGUCUGGAGCUGCCUGACCGCCGAGGAAAAGACGAUGGCAAAUUGGACAGCUUGUUCCCAGACGACAGCUUCAUAGACAUGGGGGAGAUUGACGUGGGUCGCAAGGUCGCCCAGCAAAUUCCUCCCGGUAUCUUCUGGAGGUCUCAGAUCUUCAUUGAUCAUCCUAUGUACCUGAAGUUCAAUGUAUCCCUGAGCAAAGACGCUUUGGUGGGGAUCUACGGGAGGAGAGGCCUGCCACCGUCACACACACAGUUUGACUUUGUGGAGCUGCUGGAUGGUCGCAGGCUGCUGGUCCAGGACGUGAAAGGUCUUGAGGCUCCGAUUGCUCUGCAGCGCAACCUGGUCCCUGUCACCACCCACGACACAGGCUUCAUCCAGUACAUGGACUCUGGCAUCUGGCACCUGGCCAUCUACAAUGAUGGCAGAGAGACAGAGACCAUCUCAUUUCUUACUGCAGCCAUAGAUUCUAUAGAUGACUGCCCCAGUAACUGCUUUGGUAAUGGAGACUGUGUGGCAGGAACCUGCCACUGCUUCUUAGGGUUUAAAGGACCAGACUGUGGAAGAGCUGCCUGUCCAGUGCUGUGCAGUGGGAAUGGUCAAUACCUCAAAGGUCGCUGCAUGUGUCACAGUGGCUGGAAGGGCUCUGAAUGUGAUGUUUCCACCAACCAGUGCAUCGACAUCACCUGCAGCAGCCAUGGGACCUGCAUUGUGGGAACUUGCAUCUGCAACCCAGGCUACAAGGGCGAGAACUGUGAAGAAGUGGAUUGCCUGGACCCGACAUGCUCAGGCCGAGGAGUAUGUGUGCGGGGAGAGUGCCACUGCUUUGUGGGCUGGGGAGGUCCUGGCUGUGAAAGCCCUCGGGCCUCCUGCAUGGACCAGUGUUCUGGACAUGGGGCCUUCUUGGCAGAAACAGGAACCUGCAGCUGCGAUCCCAACUGGACUGGUCACGACUGCUCCACAGAGAUUUGUGCAGCCGACUGUGGUGGCCAUGGCAUCUGUGUGUCGGGCACCUGCCGCUGCGACGACGGCUGGACGGGCGCAGGGUGUGACCAGAGGGCGUGUAACCCUCGCUGUAACGAGCACGGCACUUGCAAGAACGGCAAAUGUGAAUGCAGCCCUGGUUGGAAUGGAGAACACUGCACCAUUGCUCACUAUCUGGAUAAGGUAGUGAAAGAGGGUUGCCCUGGUUUGUGUAAUGGCAACGGUAGGUGCACUCUGGGUAACAAUGGCUGGUACUGCGUGUGCCAGCUGGGCUGGAGGGGGACUGGCUGUGACACCUCCAUGGAGACGGCCUGCAACGACGGCAAGGACAAUGAUGGAGACGGGCUGGUCGAUUGUAUGGAUCCUGACUGUUGUCUGCAGUCUACGUGCCACACCACCUCCCUGUGUGUUGGUUCUCCGGACCCCUUGGACAUCAUCCAGGAGACGCAGACGUCCUCCACCCAGAGCAACUUGCAGUCUUUCUAUGACCGUAUCCGCUUCCUGGUUGGCCGUGAUAGCACCCAUGUGAUCUCCGGGCCCAAUCCAUUUGAUGGCAGUCAUGCCUGUGUCAUCCGUGGACAAGUGGUGACCUCAGACGGAACGCCCCUGGUCGGAGUUAACAUCAGCUUCAUCAACAACCCAGCCUACGGUUAUACAAUCACCAGACAAGAUGGCAGUUUUGACCUGGUCACCAACGGAGGUAUAGCCAUCGCCCUGCGCUUUGAGCGCGCUCCGUUCAUCACACAGGAGCACACGCUCUGGUUGCCAUGGGGACGCUUCUUCGUCAUGGACACCAUCGUCAUGCGGCACGAGGAGAACGACAUCCCUAGCUGUGAUCUCAGCAGCUUCACCCGGCCCAGCCCAGUGGUGUCCCCCGCUCCGCUCACCGCCUUCGCUGGCUCCUGCUCCGAGAGGGGAACCGUCAUCCCCGAAAUUCAGGCUCUGCAGGUGGAGGUUCCUAUCCCUGGGACGGACAUGAAGGUGAGCUACCUGAGCAGCCGCACCCCGGGGUACAAGUCCAUCCUGAGGGUGAUCCUCACCCACCCCACCACCCCGUUCAACCUGAUGAAGGUGCACCUCAUGGUUGCUGUGGAAGGACGGCUAUUCAGAAAAUGGUUCCCCGCUGCCCCAAACCUGGCUUAUGACUUUGUCUGGGACAAGGCAGAUGUCUACAGCCAGAAGGUCUACGGCCUAUCUGAGGCCUUUGUGUCUGUGGGUUUCGAGUACGAGUCUUGUCCAGAAUUUAUUCUGUGGGAGAAGAGGACUGCUAUUUUACAAGGCUAUGAGACCACGGCUUCCAAACUGGGAGGAUGGGCUCUGGAUAAGCAUCAUGCCCUCAAUAUCCAGAGUGGUAUCCUUCACAUGGGCAACGGUGAGAACAUCUUUAUCUCUCAGCAACCUCCUGUGAUUGGUAGCGUGAUGGGCAACGGGCGACGCAGGAGCAUCUCCUGUCCCAGCUGCAAUGGCCUGGCCGACGGCAACAAGCUGCUGGCGCCCGUGGCGCUGACCUGUGGUUCAGACGGCAGCCUGUACGUGGGUGAUUUCAACUACGUGAGAAGGAUAUUCACCACUGGGAACGUCACCAGCGUGCUGGAGCUUAGAAAUAAAGAUUUCAGGCAUAGCAACAGCCCUGCUCAUAAAUACUACCUGACCAGCAGUCCUGUUUCCGGUGCUGUCUACCUAUCCGAUACCAGCAGUAGGAAGGUAUUCAAGGUCAAGUCUCUGAGUGCUGUGAAAGAUGUUGCUAAGAACCUGGAGCUGGUGGCAGGGACAGGAGACCAGUGUCUGCCCUAUGAUGAUACACGCUGUGGGGAUGGCGGAAAAGCUGUGGAGGCUACACUCACCAACCCUAGAGGCAUCACCGUCGACAAGUAUGGUGUCAUCUUCUUUGUGGAUGGUACCAUGAUUCGCCGAAUUGAUCAGAACGGCAUCAUCUCCACUCUGUUGGGAUUUAAUGAUCUGACUUCUGCCCGACCCCUGAGCUGUGACUCUGUGAUGGACAUCUCCCAGGUGCGUCUAGAGUGGCCUACAGAUCUAUCCGUUAGCCCCAUGGACAACUCCCUCUAUGUGCUAGAUAACAAUGUGGUGCUCCAGAUCUCUGAGAACCACCAGGUGCGCAUUGUGGCAGGCCGUCCCAUGCACUGCCAGGUGCCGGGCAUUGACCACUUCCUGAUGAGCAAAGUGGCCAUCCAUGCCACCCUGGAGUCCGCCAACGCCCUCGCCGUCUCCCACAACGGCAUUCUCUACAUCUCGGAGUCAGAUGAGAAGAAGAUCAAUCGUGUACGGCAGGUGUCCACCAAUGGAGAGAUCUCUCUGGUGGCAGGAGCCCCCAGCGGAUGCGACUGCAAGAAUGACGCCAACUGUGACUGUUACUCCGGGGACGAUGGCUACGCCAAAGAUGCCAAAUUGAACGCACCUUCUUCGCUAGCCGUGUCAUCCGACGGGGAGCUGUUCAUUGCCGACCUGGGCAACAUCCGCAUCCGUUAUGUACGCAGGAACAAGCCGUACCUGAACCCUCUUAGCAUGUAUGAGGUGUCGUCCCCCAUCAAUGACGAGCUCUAUCUGUUUGAUUCUAAUGGGAGCCAUAUCUACACGCAGAGUCUGACCACUGGAGACCACCUGUUUAAUCUUACAUACUCUGGAGAAGGAGACCUAAGCUCCAUCACUGACAAAAACAAGAACAUAGUGACCCUCAGGAGAGACACAACUGGCAUGCCUCUAUGGCUCAUGGUGCCUGAUGGACAGACCUUCUGGUUCACAAUUGGAACCAAUAAUGCCCUCAAAAGCAUUGCUGCACAGGGUCAAGAACUGGCUGUGAUGACUUACCAUGGAAGUUCAGGGCUGCUAGCAACAAAGAGUAAUGAAAAUGGAUGGACAACGUUCUACGAGUAUGACAGUUAUGGCCGCCUGACCAAUGUGACUCACCCCACGGGUAGGAUGAGCAGCUACCGCACGGACUCAGACAGCUCUGUCCGAGUCCAGACAGAGGGCUCCAAUAAAGAGGACAUCACGGUCACCACCAACCUAUCAGCCUCCGGCACCUUCUACACUCUUCUGCAGGAUCAAGUCCGGAACAGUUAUUACAUUGGACUGGAUGGCUCUCUACGUCUGGUGCUGGCCAAUGGCAUGGAGGUGUCCCUGCAUACAGAGCCCCACCUGCUGGCCGGCACUGUCAACCCCACAGUCAGCAAGAGGAACGUCACCCUGGCCAUCGACAAUGGCCUCAAUCUGGUGGAGUGGAGACAGAGGAAAGAGCAAGCCCGUGGUCAGGUCACCGUGUAUGGACGCCGGCUUAGGGUUCACAAUAGAAACUUGCUGUCACUAGACUUUGACAGAAUCACAAGGACAGAAAAGGUUUAUGAUGACCACAGGAAGUUCACACUGCGGAUCCACUAUGACCAUGCUGGCAGACCCACACUGUGGGCACCCAGUAGUCGCCUCAAUGGGGUCAACGUCACCUACUCCCCAGGUGGACAUGUGGCAGGGAUCCAGAGGGGAACCAUGUCAGUACGUAUGGAGUACGACCAGAAUGGAAGAAUCACAUCCCAGAUCUUUGCUGAUGGUAAAUCGUGGAGCUACACCUACCUGGAGAAGUCCAUGGUUCUUCUGCUCUACAGUCAGCGGCAGUACAUCUUUGAGUUUGACAAGAACGACCGCCUCUCCUCUGUCACCAUGCCCAACGUUGCACGGCAGACCCUGGAGACCACACGGUCCAUCGGUUACUAUAGAAACACCUAUGGGCCGCCAGAAGGCAACGCCUCCGUGCUGCAGGACUACAGUGAGAACGGCCAGCUGCUACAGACCACCUACAUGGGAACAGGCCGCAGAGUCAUCUACAAGUACGGCAAGCUGGCCAAAAUGCUGGAGAUCCUGUAUGACACCACUCGGAUUGCCUUCUCCUAUGACGAGGCAGCGGGCAUGCUGAAAACAGUCAACCUGCAGAGCGAGGGCUUCACAUGCACCAUCCGCUACCGCCAGAUAGGACCUCUCAUCGAUAGGCAGAUCUUCCGUUUUAGUGAGGAAGGCAUGGUUAAUGCACGGUUCGACUACGUCUAUGAUAACAGUUUCCGGGUCACUAGCAUGCAGGCCGUCAUCAACGAGACCCCUCUGCCGAUUGACCUGUAUCGCUAUGACGAUGUGUCUGGAAAGACGGAACAGUUUGGGAAAUUUGGCGUGAUCUAUUAUGACAUCAAUCAGAUCAUCACCACAGCAGUUAUGACCCACACCAAGCACUUUGACGCCUACGGCCGGGUGAAGGAGGUGCAGUACGAGAUCUUCCGCUCUCUCAUGUACUGGAUGAUGGUCCAGUAUGACAACAUGGGCCGGAUGGUGGCCAAGGAGCUGAAAGUGGGGCCUUAUGCCAACACGACUCGCUACACCUACGAGUAUGAUGCAGAUGGCCAGCUCCAGGUGGUCUCUAUCAACGACAAGCCCCUGUGGAGGUACAGCUACGACCUUAAUGGCAACCUCCACCUCCUCAGCCCGGGCAACAGCGCCCGCCUCACGCCACUGCGGUACGACCUCCGAGACAGGAUCACUCGUCUGGGAGAUGUCCUGUACCGGGUGGACGAGGACGGCUUCCUCAAGCAAAGAGGGAAUGACUACUUUGAGUACAGCUCCGCCGGCCUUCUGAUUAAGGUGUACAACAAGGUGAGUGGGUGGGCCAUCACAUACCGCUACGAUGGACUUGGCCGGAGGGUGUCCAGCAGAAGCAGCGUGGGUCACCACCUGCAGUUCUUCUAUGCUGACCUUUCCAGCCCCACCAGGGUCACCCACAUGUACAACCACUCCAGCUCAGAGAUCACCUCACUCUACUAUGACCUACAGGGACAUCUGUUCGCCAUGGAGCUCAGUAGUGGAGAUGAGUUCUAUGUGGCCUGUGACAACAUAGGAACCCCACUGGCUGUGUUCAGCGGCUCAGGCAUCAUGAUCAAGCAGAUUCUUCACACAGCUUUUGGAGAGGUGUACCUGGACACCAACCCCAGCUUCCAGCUGGUGGUGGGUUACCAGGGCGGCUUGUACGAGCCUCUCAGCAGGCUGGUCCACAUGGGCCGCAGGGACUACGAUGUCCUGGCUGGUCGAUGGACUACACCAGACCACGAAGUCUGGAGCCGCCUCAACAGCAACAACAUUGUGCCCUUUAACCUCUACAUGUUCAAGAACAACAACCCCCUGAGCAACAACCAGGAGACUAAGUGCUACAUGACAGAUGUCAACAGUUGGCUAGUGACAUUCGGGUUCCAACUGUACAACGUCAUCCCUGGCUACCGCAAACCAAGCACAGAUGCUAUGGAGCCAUCCUACGAGCUGGUCCGCACCCAGAUUAAAACACAGGAGUGGGACAGCACCAAGUCUCUCCUGGGUGUGCAGUGUGAGGUGCAGAGGCAGCUCAAGGCCUUUGUGAAACUGGAGCGCUUUGGACAGAUCUAUGGUGCCGCCAGCGCUGGCUGUCCUCAGACCGAGGGCAAGACGCUCUUUGCCUCCGGGGGCUCAAUUUUCGGCAUGGGCGUGAAGCUUGCCAUCCGAGACGGACGCAUCAGCACUGACAUCAUCAGCCUGGCCAAUGAGGAUGGACGUCGCAUGGCAGCUGUCCUCAACGAUGCCUUCUACCUGGAGAACCUCCACUUCACCAUUGACGGCGUGGAUACACACUACUUUGUCAAGCUUGGCUCUGUGGAAGGAGAUCUCUCCUUGAUUGGCAUGUCUGUGGGUCACCGCACGCUGGAGACGGGAGUGAACGUGACCGUGUCUCAGGUCAACGCUGUGCUCAACGGCAGGACUAGGCGCAUCACCGACAUCCAGCUGCAGUACGGCCCGCUGAGUCUGAACACGCGCUACGGCGGCAGCGUGGACGAAGAGAAGGCCCGGGUUCUGGAGCUGGCCAGACAGAGGGCCGUAGUUCAGGCCUGGGCCCGCGAACGCCAGAGACUGAGGGAUGGAGAGGAAUGUUCCCGCCUCUGGACGGAGGGAGAGAAACAGCAGCUCUUAGGCUCGGGGAAGGUGCAGGGCUACGAUGGCUACUAUGUGGUUUCAGUGGACCAAUACCCAGAGCUGUCAGACAGUGUUUACAAUGUUCAUUUUAUGAGACAAAGUGAAAUGGGCCGAAGGUGACAUGAAAACCAGGCACCACUGACAAACUCAAACACCAUAUAAGGACUACUUGCCAAAGACAGUUGCUUACAUGACCACUUUUUUUGUUUCUUUGAUUGUCUUCAACUUGUUUUUUUGAUAUCGCUAUAUGGAAACACAUGGUUGUUAUCAGUUGCACUGCAUUAACAGUCGAGUGCCCUUCUCCUUUUAAGAUUCUUCAACAGUCUUUUCCCUGCAAGUGUGGCUGCUACAAGAUGACAUUUGGGACGCCUAUGACUUACGUUUGCGACUCCAUUUCUCUGUCCCUGUUGCUGAUUCUGUUCAAAGGAUUCUAAAGAGUGUUGGUAACGCAUUCCGUACGCUGGCUCUUACUCUGCUGCCAGUCUAGCAGAUUGUUAUUCACAAGCUUGCUCCGUUCUGCCUUUUCUGCGCCUCAGCCAAGGAGAGACCCUCUCUUUUAAUCGCUUGUUUUUAUACUUGAAGACCCCAUUCCUCCAGCCAUUGAUAAAUAGCAAGUCUGCCGUCCAUAGCUCCCUCAUCAGGACCUCAGCUGAACUUGUCUAAGCACCUACCUUUGUGUAAUGUCUCGUAAUGUUACUUUUUAAAGAGAAGCCUGGUACUCAUUUGUGGUCCUAACCAAGACAAGCUUUGAAGGCUCUAGAGCACCCUGACAGAGCAUGCUGACAGCCUCUCAGUGGACUUUAUACUGAUUAAAUGGUUGAAUCAAAAUGAUGGUAAUGCAGACAAAAGAAAUAUGAAGUCACUUUAUGAUGAUUUUGUGUGAUUAUUCUUUACUUUUGUCUGGGAUCUGCUGUCCAUAUAGAAAAAAAAGAAGAUAAAACUACUCCUUAUUUGACUGUGGCCAGACAACUCUAUUAUGAAAAUACUAAAGCCAACCCUGUAAAAAAGAUAAUAUGGAACUAAAAUGUCCAUAUCACAACAAAGGAUAUUUUAUGGGAAUGGUUUUGAAUUACCUUUGGUUUGGUUUUAUAAAUAGCUAUAUGAAAUAACAGUAUAACAAAUGUGAAUUCAGAAAUGUGAACUAUUGUCCCUUUUAUUGCUAAUUGUUGUACUUGAACAAUACUUAAGGGUGUAUCUACACUUUGAAUAAAGUAUGAAUAUGUUUGGAAAGGUUAUUUAGUUAAAAUAAUUACUUGUGUGUUUUUUUUAUUUACAGAAGAUGAAAGAAUACAUUAUACUGAUAUACAGCAGUCUAAAACAUACAUGAAUGGCAGUGUUUCUUUUAGUAAUGUACUUUCUGAGCAGUAUUUCUCUCUAUAUUCAUCCUAUCAAAUAUGCUCUGAGUGGAGAGAUUGUCAAGGUGAGAAAAGAUAAAUUGCUUAAAAAACAUCUCAUUACUAAAACAUUUCCUGGGUAGCCUUAUUAAAACAUUGACUGCUGGACUAGUUGGCUGAGCAUUGUAUUGUGGUGCAGUAAAGAACCAUGAAUAGCCUUUGCCCUAAGGGCUGCUCAGGGGUCAGUAUCUGAAGUGCUCUGAAUCUUUAGAGACGGUAUCCAGCAGGACCCCUGGCUGCUGAAAUGCAUUAGACCUCCAGGUGUGUUAGUUCCACCCGGCAGACAAAAUGUCUUAGAUACACGCAAACCUUGGAAAUCAUCCUUUUGGACAUAAUGAGGUCUCUCUGAUAUGGUAGCUCCGGUGUCUAAGUCUUUCAGAAAGAAAAAAUAAAUGGGCAAUCUUUUUAAAAACAUAAAUCAGUGGAUUUUGGAGGAUGAUGUUAAAUAUGAUGAAAAGGGUGUUAUUGGUACAACAACUGGUUCUUCGGUCGUUGUUAAGAUGGUCCACUGACACUUUUUGUUAUUGCAAUCAAGUACCUGACAAGGUUUAUCGGGUGAAUAAGUGUUUAUCUGUACAAAAGUUAAGCAUUCAGUACACAGUAUUUUUUGCUGUUGGUUGAUACCGUGACAUUGAAGGAAAAUGUCCAUUGUGGAAUAUUGCACUGAGAACUGUUGCUUCAUGAGGCUGUAUCUUUUUCUAAAGUUAAACAUUUUUGAGUUUCUAUUUGUCAACACUGUGUUUUUAGCGCUUCUCCUUGACCUUGUAUAUAAGAAACAACUAAAUAAGCUGUAAAUUAAAUGCAAAUGUAGACACCUUUUAGAGCUACAGCAGUGAUCCUGUGUAGUCUUUAGGUUUCAAAAUAAAAGGAAUAUUUUGUGUUUACACUUUGUACUAAUUCAUUGUGUUUUGUAAGCUGCCAUCCUCAGCGCCUGUUUAAAAGGGUCAGUGCAUGUAGCUUUGAAUGUUUGUUUCUGUUAACGUGUCAGAUCUCAUGUAGUACACAAUACACUUACUAUUCCACACUACAGUGCAACAUGUAU